AUGACGACUGCGGCUCGACCCACGUGGGCACCUGCAAAAGGUGGUAAUGAACAAGGUGGUACUCGGAUUUUUGGCCCUUCUCAGAAAUACUCUUCAAGGGACAUGGCGGCCCAUACAACUCUAAAACCCAGAAAGGAGGGGCAAGACACCCAGGACGAGUUGCAGAAGAAGAACCUCCGAGAGGAGCUGGAAGAGCGUGAGAGGAAGCAUUAUUCAUCGAAGGAUAAAUCUUAUAGUUAUGACAGAGAUCGCAGGAGAGGAAACCAGCUGUUGUUGGAAGGGGGCAGAAGGGACACUGAAAUUGUGCCGCGUAAUGUAGAUGCUGAUGAUUCUGAUGUGGAAGUCAAAAGUGAUGAUGAAAGUUCUGAAGAUGAUGAUGAUGAUGAUGAUGAAGAAGCUCUGAUGGCCGAGCUUGAACAAAUUAGGAAGGAAAAAGCGGAGGAGAAGCUACGAAAGGAACGACAAGAGCGGGAGGAAGAGCUUAAAGUCAAGGAAGCAGAGCUUCUCCGAGGGAACCCAUUGCUUAAUGGUGCAACAGCUACAUCCUUUAGUGUGAAAAGAAGAUGGGAUGAUGAUGUGGUGUUUAAAAAUCAGGCCCGUGGUGAAACCAAGGCUCCAAAGCGCUUCAUCAAUGACACUGUCAGGAAUGACUUUCACCGCAAAUUCCUGCAUAAAUACAUGAAGUAA